CGAGCGGUAGGGUUGCUUUGUUAUGAACAGGCGGCGCUGUAGCUGGCGGAAGAGGAGGUCGCCCAGCCCAGUAUCUCUACGCCUGGAACACAGAAGCCGAGGGGGAGACGAGAAAACGGGAAGAGAAAAGACGGUGUUGGCUGGAGGAGAAAGAAAAAGCUACGAUAAUGGCCGCUAAAUCUGAUGGGGUAUUGAAAAUUAGAAAGAGCGAUGUAGCGUUCACGCCUUUGCAGAAUUCGGACCACUCGGGCUCAGUACAAGGACUCGUUCCAGGAUCGCAGCCGGAUUCGGGAACCGGGGAUGGGGACUUCGUGAAUGGGGAAUCGCGGUGCUGUGGUUCUAAUUCGACAUGUCUUCGCCUUGGCAGAGAGCAGCAAACAAAAUACACGAUAUGGGACUGUCUAUGGAUUCUCGCUGCAGUGGUGGUGUAUUUCGCCGAUGUAGGCACCGACAUUUGGCUUUCUGUCGACUAUUACCUCCGUCGCGACUACUGGUGGUUCGGGCUCACGCUAUUUUUUGUUGUGCUAGGGUCGUUCUCCGUCCAAGUCUUUAGUUUCCGAUGGUUCGUCCACGAUUUCAGCACCGACGAGAGCUCCAAUGCCGCCGGUGCGGCAAACUGCUCAUCCCACAUGGACGGGAAGCUGCUGAGCGGUUCUGCUUCACAUGGAGAUGUGGGCGCCCAACCGUCCACACCUCAAAGACAGGCAUCCACCGCGAGCAAGAGCAACACCACAACCAACAGCAACAGCAACAGCAGCACCGCAACCCCGACGAAUAAGAAAAGCUCGGCGUCCUGUUCAUUAUUCAUAUGGUCCGCGCAAUCCGUCACCCACAUCUUGCAGCUUGGACAGAUAUGGAGGUAUUUCCACGCCAUCUACCUGGGCAUCCGGAGCCGGCGCAGUGGGGACCAUGACCGCUGGAGAUUCUACUGGAGGAUGGUGUAUGAGUUUGCUGACGUCAGCAUGCUGCACCUCCUGGCCACCUUCCUGGAGAGCGCUCCUCAGCUGGUCCUGCAGCUCUGCAUCAUCAUCCAGACCCACAAACUGCAGGCCGUCCAAGGAAUGACAGCGGCUGCCUCCCUGGUGUCUCUGGCCUGGGCCUUGGCAUCCUAUCAGAAAGCCCUACGAGACUCCCGGGAUGAUAAGAAGCCAAUCAGCUACCUGGCCGUCAUCAUCCAGUUCUGCUGGCACUUCUUCACCAUUGCCGCCCGGGUCAUCACCUUCGCCCUGUUCGCCUCUGUGUUCCAGCUCUACUUUGGUAUCUUCAUCGUCCUCCACUGGUGCAUUAUGACCUUCUGGAUAGUCCACUGUGAGACCGAGUUCUGCAUCACCAAGUGGGAGGAGAUUGUCUUCGACAUGGUCGUGGGGAUCAUCUACAUCUUCAGUUGGUUUAAUGUGAAGGAGGGUCGUACUCGGUGUAGGCUCUUCAUCUACUACUUUGUGAUCCUGCUGGAGAACACUGCUCUGAGUGCCCUGUGGUACCUGUACCGCGUCCCUCAGAGCACCGACGCCUUCGCCGUCCCCGCCCUCUGUGUCAUCUUCAGCAGCUUCCUCACCGGCAUCGUCUUCAUGCUCAUGUACUACGCCUUCUUUCACCCCAAUGGGCCCCGAUUCGGACGCUCACCCAGCCUCGUGCUGGACGACCCCACGGCUGCCUUCACGCUGCCUGCCGAGGGGGCCACCAACUCGCUGAGGUCCAAUCGGGGUGUGCCCCUCAUCUCAGGGGACGGCACCAUUGGCAGGGACGGCAAAUACACAGAGAGGGACGGCUGCAUGCCCGUGUUUCAGGUGAGACCCACCGCCCCCUCCACGCCGUCCUCCCGUGCCCCACGCAUCGAGGAGACGGUCAUCAAAAUAGACCUGUGUCGGAACCGCUAUCCGGCCUGGGAAAGGCACGUAUUGGACAGGAGUAUACGCAAGGCCAUCCUGGCCAUCGACUGCUCCCCUACGCCGCCCAGACUCCAGUACAAAGAUGACACUACAGUUCAGGAGCGCCUGGAGUAUGAGACCACGUUGUAGCCCUACACUGCUGCCUGGAUGUUGGAUGCCUGGAUGUUGGAUGCCUGGAUGUUGGAUCCUUGGAAAUGCAAAACCGUAACAAAGGAUGACCAUCAACUUGGAUUUACAGCAGGACUGUGGCAAUAAUAAGUUAUUAGCUCUCUCACUCACUCUACAUACUAGCAUUGAACCAUGAUGUUGAUUGUCAUGGGCAAGAAUAGACACAAUUUAUUAGUUGAUGUGACGGAGGGAUAUAUUAAUGUUUUCUAAACAGAGUUCCUCUUUUUGGGUUUAUUUGGUUGAUGUUGUCGUUAUUGUAUUUAAAAAAAAAAAUUUUUUUUUACUUACGUUCGUCAGGGAAUCUCUUAUUUGAUAAAAGGCCAUUGCGCACACACACAUAUAAAAAAAUGUAGCCCAAUAGUCUAUCAUAAUAAAAGCAGUGUUCUAAUGAAUGAUAUCAUGCCCUUUCAUAACAGAUCCUUAUGAAGGUUCGUAACAGGUUAUAACAAGUUAUUAAUGUUUACCUACGAUAUCUCAUAUUUACAUGAAUUUCUAUUACCAACAUCUUAGACCUGCAAAUAUGUACUUUACAUUUAUAGGAUACAAGUAAUAUCCCCUGAUAUAGUGGACGUGUUGAUUAACAAAAAUAAGAAAAAAAAGGUCAGUUAAUGGUCCUGAUUCAUAUUUAGGAUGGUUCUAGUUAUUUCUAAUUCAAAGAAAACAGGUGACAAAGUAGUACACGCGUAGUCCGUGAUGUAAUUAGCGACAUGAGUAGGGCGUUGUGUCUGUCAUACUUUACAUGUGUACUGGCCCAUGAGUUCUGAUCUGAUUUCAUCAGCCAUGUUGUCCUAGUGCCAAAAGGUCUGAAACUACUGGAUUUUGUGGCUGUGAUUGCCAGUAACUGGAUAUUAGUAGAUUCAGGCAGGGCAGAACUGCUAUUUACUUUGAAGAAGCUUAGUACUGUACAUGGUAAUCAUGCUGUUUAUAUGCUAAAUAAAACCGGAAUGUUCGUGUAUUGUGGAGAGACUGAAGGACAAACCUCAUCUUUGUUCUCGCCUGGAUAAAAGGCGGCAUGCCAAGAAAACCUUCCUGGCAGCUCCUAUUUACAGUCCAGCCUCGUCCAGCUGUGGUCUGGGCUGCCAUGCGUCCAUAUGGCUGAUAAGGAUCAGUCUGCUGGGCCACAUAGUGCUGUUCUGUACGGAGAGGAGGAGAGGAUAAGAGACAAACGAGCAGCCACUUCAGCCAAACUACUCUCAUAACUGAAGCACCUGCAGGAUCUACUGUCAUCAUAGAUGCCGCAUUCUUUUUUACGUUUUACCUAACUGAUGUAAAAGUGUAUUGCCAUCCGUGUGUGUGGGAGGGAAGUGUAUGUGUGUGUGUGUGUGUGUAUGCGUGCGCGCUCAUGCGUGCUUAUAAGAGAGGAAAAGCAUGGCGCAGGAUGGUAUGUGUAGAUGCUACAAUCAGUGGUCAGUUUGUCUGCAGCUAUAUAUUGUAGUGCAAUGAACUAGAGACAUGCACUUCAGCACUAUGGUGUGAAAGGCUGCUGUAGCCUAUACUCAACACAAGAUCAGUACCAAUUCUAGGGUGUAUACCACUAUCAUUGUAGCUGUCAACAUCCAACAUCAAUGGUGUCAAGAUGGGCUUUUGAGCAGGAAACAACAAGUAUUUCACCUUUUAUGCUCUGACUUAAGCCCCAGGCACUAUGACUGUGGAUGUGAUAUCUAAAAAUAUCUUCAAAUAUCUUGCAAAGGUGUCUUCACAAAAAAGAAAGUGUGUAGCUUCUCUUUCA